AUGAAAGCAGAUAUAAAUUCAAUACCCUUAAAACAGUCAUUAACUAAGAUUCCAAACCCACCAGUUCAGACCAAGAAUUUCAACCAAAGUACUUCAUCUGUAAGUGUACCAGUACUUCCUCCAAAAAAACAACUUGUUAUAUCAGGUGCAAAGGUGCAACCUAAAGAUUCAGUACCAAAGGCUUUAGUAACUCCCGUUACAAAGCCAAUUCCUAAACCUGCAAUAAAAGCAAAUAUUCCAACAGUUCCUACAUCUGUACCAGAAUCUAAAGAAGUUCCUUUUUUAUCAGAAGCUCAUAAUGGUGAUAUUAAGAAACAGGAAUCCUUAAAAUAUAUAGCUACCAAAGACGAUACUAAACCACCAGAACCAACUAUUAAUAUUUCUAAAUCCCUAACAAAAUCUAUUACUACUAAAUCAUUAGACUUACCUGAUGUCUCUAAAUCUAUAAUGAAAGCUCCACCUAUUAAGUCAACUGCAACUCUUCCUACUGUUACUGUUACUAAAGGUAUAGUACCAGCCAUAAAAGUAGGUAAACCUGCUCCACCUAUUAAGUCAACUGCAACUCUUCCUACUGUUACUGUUACUAAAGGUAUAGUACCAGCUAUAAAAGUAGGUGAACCUGCUCCACCAAGUGUUAUUCCUAAAGUUGAAUACAAGGAAGAUAUAAAAAUCCCCGACAAACAAGUUGAUACUCAUGAACCAAUCCCUUUAGCUAAUUCUACAAGUUUAUCCAAUAAUAAUAUUAAGAAAUCUGUUGCAACCAAAUUACUUUCCAAUCUUUCUGUUAAUACUGAGUCAAGGAAUAUAUUAAAUAUUAAUACAAAAAAAACUAUUCCAGAACUGAAAAGUAAAUCUAAUGGAAUAAUUUUACAGAAUACUUCCUUAAAAGUAGAUUCUCAACCUGAGAAGGUGAAUAAGACAGAUUUAAUAUCUCCUAAUACUACUGAGGUUUCGAAUACUUUAGUAAAAGAAGUAACAAAUCCUAAAAACUCAAGGAUAAUUUCUGAUCAGGCCACUAAUCUUGAACCUGUGAUAAAACUUUAG